AUGUUUUUUACAGCCACAAGUGCGCAAACGACACUAACUCCCACAUCCUUAUCUAGUCCUUGCCCGGACUCUCUAAUUCUAUGCGGCAACACUAUUUGCUAUACUCCAACAACACAAAUCUGUACAGACACCAAUCAAAUAAUCCAAUGCAUUCGAGUUUGCGGAAAUCAAUGCUACAGUCCUCCAUAUCAAGCCUGUGUCAACAAUGUGACGAUAUGUAACAUUCCAAACAACUCCCCCUACUAUGGAUAUGGAUACCAAGCCUCUUUAGCUCAAUCGUGUAACGGAACCUGUUAUGACCCGACAUCACAAAUGUGCAACAACAGCAUCAUUCAGUGUAUCGGCAGCUGUGGAAGCAACUGUUAUAAUCCAUCUGCACAACAAUGCUUCAAUGGAACAAUAUGCUCAGUUCAACAAAGUAUUUGUAGCGUAAAAUACAGCAGCUCCGGAAUGGUGUAUAAUCCGCCAUCGCUUCAGUGUUACGACCCUUCGAACCAAAUUUGCCUCAACAAUUCACUUUGUUGGUACCCAUCUCGAGUAUGUAACGGACAGUGUCUUUUGGAUACCCAACUGUGCGUCAACAAUGCCACUACAUGUACCGUUGCGAAUAAUUCCAUGUACUAUACGUACGGGUACGGUGCAUCUUUAGCUCAAUCGUGUAACGGAACCUGCUACGAUCCACCGUCACAGACAUGUCAGAGCGGUAGUAUCAUGUGUAUUGAUAACUGCUUCGGGAAAUGUUACAAUGCAUCUGCACAACGAUGCUUCAAUGGAACACUGUGCUCAGUUCAACAAAGUAUUUGUACCGUUCAAUACGCCAGUUGGGGAAUGGUUUACAAUCCGCCAUCGCUUCAGUGUUACUAUCCUUCGAAUCAAGUGUGCCUCAACAAUUCACUCUGUUGGUACCCAUUUCAAGUAUGUAACGGACAGUGUCUUUUGGAUACGCAACGGUGCGUGAACAAUCUGACGAUAUGCAACAUUCCAAACAACUCCCCCUACUAUGGAGAUGAAUACCAAGCCUCUUUAGCUCAAUCGUGUAACGGAACCUGUUAUGACCCGACAUCACAAAUGUGCAACAACAGCAUCAUUCAGUGUAUCGGCAGCUGUGGAAGCAACUGUUAUAAUCCAUCUNGUACCAACAAUGCUUUAACAACACACUUUGUGCGCGAUUACCGGGAUUUUGUAAUGGAAAAUGUCUUGGAUUAA